AUGAGCUAUGAGAAAGGCCAUUGUAAUGCGUGCCCACCAGAGAAGGGUGAACAAAAAGUGUCUUAUUACUACACGGCUCCUGCCUGUAAACCUUGCCUCAAAUAUUUCAGCAAACUGUGCAGUCGGAACAACGAGGACAGCAAAUGUCAAGGCCCUGGAAGCUGCUCGGAAAGAAGAAAGUGCAACAAAUGCUCCUACAUGGCCUGGACCGCAUUGGGAUAUCAGAAGAAGGUGCCGCCAGCGCUCCAACUGACCGACUCUGACUCCGAC